AUGGCCUCGACAGCGCCGCCCCCAGCCCUGACCCUUCCCCCCUCCCAAUUCGCCCGCCUCCAACCUCACGCCUACCUCCUCGCGCACCUCUCCCCGCCAGCGUCCAGUAACCAACCCUCCCUCCGCGCCAACGGCCGCCAGCCCGCGCAGUUCCGCCCCACCUCCGCCAACACGGGCUCCCUCACCCACACGAACGGCAGCGCCGUCGUCCGCGUCGGCGACACCACCGCCGUCUGCGGCGUGCGCGCCGAACUCCUCCCCACGAGCGACAUCGCCUCGUGGAGCGUAUCGCACGCUUCGUCCGGCGCUCACAAACGCGCGACGACCACCAAGAAUGACGCCGACGCCGACGAAGACGAAUCCCAGAUCCAAGACCUCAACCUCCUGGUGCCGAACCUCUCGCUGAGCACCGGCUGCGCGCCGGGGUUCGUGCCGGGCGCGCCGCCCUCGGCCCUCGCGCAGUCCCUCUCCCAUCAGAUUCUGGGGCUGUUGCAUAGUACCCGGUUGGUGCGGGCGGAGGAUCUGCGGGUUUGGUAUCAGGUGCCUACGUUUGGAGGGGAUGGGGAUGGGGAUAUGGAUGUUGAUAUCAAGGCGUUCUGGGUCCUGUAUAUCGAUAUCAUGAUCAUCUCGCUGGCGGGGAAUGCGUUUGACGCGGCGUGGGCGGCGGUCCUGGCGGCGUUGCGGGAUACCCGGUUGCCGCGCGCGUGGUGGGAUGCUGAUAAUGAGAUGGUCGUGUGCUCGGAGGCCGUGGCGGAGGCGACGAGGCUGUCGUUGCGGGGAUUGCCGGUUGCGAGCUCGUUCUGUGUGUUUGAGGCGGAUGCGGCGGCGGGCUGGAGGGCGGUGAUUGUGCCGGAUGCUGAGGAGGAGAAGAAGAUUGAGGAGGAUCAGCGGAGGGGUAUGCAGCGGCGAUGGAUUUUGGCGGAUCCUGAUGGGUAUGAGGAGGGGUUGAGUCAGGAGCGCGUGUGUUUGGUGGUGGACCGGGAGAUGGGGAAGACGGUGAUUGUCAAGAUGGAGAAGAAUGGUGGGUGGGCGGUGGAUGGGAGGGAGCUAAAGCAGUUGGUGGAUAUCGCUGCGGAGAGAUGGGAGAGUCUGAAGCUUAUCUUGGAGCAGUGUUGA